AUGGCCGUCCGGAUUGUCCGCGCCCCGCAAUCCACAGGUGCGCGCCCCCACCACCCCACACUCCUAAGGUGCGGCGAUUUUGAGGGAGGGGCAGGGUCGCGCAAGGCUCGGUUCAACUCAGAGCAGGAUGGGGAGGAGGAGGAGGACGCGAGCCAGAGAAUGCUGGCAGCGUUGCACCCCAAGAUUGAGGUGGCAGCUGCCAAGCAGAUCACUCUCGAAGUUGUGGUGCGCUCAGCCCCUCGUGUGAGAGAUGCCCUGCUGUACGAGGCAAAGCUGCUCAAGGCGGGGCUGGUGGUCAUAGGGCCUGUGCGACGCACCAUCACCGUUAUAGGUGGCAGUGCCGGUUCUGACGUGGACAUGAUGACGUUCCUUGCCGACCGGCUGCCGGCCAGCUGCAAGAUCAUGCUCGUCUCAAAUAACGCCUGCUCCGCUACAAGACAAGGCAGUGGGGGCGGAGGGGCAAAUGGGGGAGGAGCAAUGGGGGGAGCAGCGAUGGGAGGAGCAAUGGGGGGGCCAAUGGGGGGACAAAUGGGGGGAGCAGCAGUGGCGAGAGGGAUGGGGGGAGGGGGAGGUAUGGGGGGAGGUGCAGGGGACAGUGGGGGCUGGCAGCAAUGUCCCAGAUCUCCCCGGUCCCAAUCCAACGGCCAGGAUUUCUUCGCGCCUCCCCCAGCCCCAGUCCCUCCUGCCCCACCGACCGAAAUCAUUCGAGAAGUUUACGGGCAGGACGAGUACGGGCAGCAGGAAUUUUACCUUGACGAGCUCCUAUUGGCCACAGAUAAUUUUUCCCCACGGAGGUUGAUCGGGGAGGGAGGCAGUGGUCAGGUGUUUGUGGGGAUGCUUCCACCUGGGAGGUGCCCUCAGGUGGAAUCCCAUGGUGGGGGGAGCGAGGGGUGGGGGAGAGGGGGAUGGGGGGAGGGCGGAACAGGGGGAGGCGCAGCAGGGGGGGGCGCAGGGGGGGGAAGUGGCAGUGGUGCGGCCAGUGGGGGCUGUCGGAAGGUAGCGGUGAAGAGACUACGGUGGUGGGGGCCGGCUGUAGCGGACGUGCAGGGGGCGGCGAACGCUCGUCAGUUUCUAGCAGAGCUGCGGGUGCUGAGGCGGAUAAGGCACCCGAGCCUGCUGGGGCUGCUGGGGGUGUGUGCGACGGCAGGGGAACUACUCAUGGUGUUUGACUUCCUUCCCAAUGGGUCGCUCGAGACAAGGCUGAGAGACCAUACAAAGCCCCCUCUUCCCUGGGAUCUUCGCAUGAGAAUCGCAUGCGAGGCGGCCACCGGGCUGGCCUUCCUGCACGCGUGCCGGCCGCCCAUCAUCCAUCGGGACGUGAAGGCUGCCAAUGUGCUGCUGGAUGCCAACAUGCAUGCCCUGGUCUCGGAUUUUGGCCUGGCCAAGGUGGCAUCAGACCAGUACACCCAGCCAAUGGCGGUUACCAGCAUCAUGGGCACCCGAGGCUACGUGGCACCAGAGUACGUGCAAACAGGGCUCAUAACAGCAGCAAUAGACGUGUACGCGUUUGGAGUCAUUCUCCUGGAGCUUAUAACGGGUCAUGUGCCCUUCCAUCCUGGCAGGCAGCCCCCCAACCUCUCAGCCUGGGCCAUCCCCAUCGCCAACAACAUGGAGUUCACUCGCCUCGUGGACUACCGCCUGGAGGGGCGCUUUGACCCAGCGCAGCUGCAGGCAGUGUCCAUGCUGGCGGUGCUCUGCCUCGCCUCUAACCCCAAGGAAAGGCCUUCCAUGGACCAGGUUGUUACUUGGCUGAAGGACUGGAUAAGGGUUCGCAGCACAGAGCAACUACAAACAUCUUAG